GGGUGACUUCGGGACGAAGAAUACUGUGGCGACUCUUGACUGCGGUCGGCGUGGAUCUAACUUCAACUGCGUGUAGAACGGGAAAGUCUCGUAAGAACGGCCGCUCGCUACUGUAGCACAUUCCAAAUUGUGUUCUGCUCAUUCGCCUGCGCGAGGCAAGCGUGACUAGCAGGGAGUGCAGGAGGGUCACGACAGCCAGUGGCUGAACUUCUCAUUCUCGCCCUUGAGGCGCCUCAAAAAUAGACUCAUUCUCGCCCUCGAUUCCUCCCGCGAGCCAGCCGUCGCGCUUCCGUCUCGCCUCUACCAUCGCUCCUCCCCUCCCUGCUCCACUUAAUCCCCCACGCUCUCUGCCCUUGCACCCUCCGUCGCGUCCGCGUCACGAGCGCAGAACGUUCAUAGUACCGCCGCGUGGCCAUUGUCUCGACUCAAACAGACGGGCCCGUCUGCGUGGGAAGCGUUAGCGAUGUCAGCCUGCGACCAGCUGCUAGCCGCAGCAGUAAUGCUAGGGUAUCAAAGCCUGUGAUGAGAGUUACAGCCUGGGUUACAGUUCGGGUUACAGCUCGGGUUACAAGUCGGGUUACAGCUGGGGUUACAGUACGGGUGACAGCUCGGGGUGAGAUCCAUGGCGGUUCUCCCCUCCUGUCUGCUCUCCUCCGCGGCCCUCCCCUCUCGCCUGCUGCCCAGUAUCACCGAGAUUCAGGAGUCCUGUUUCGCGCUCGUCUAUAACGCGUACGGCCUGCGCCUCGACCAAUUCCACGUCGACAAUCUCACGCUCGUCUCCUGCUGGGUCCCCGCAUCUCGCGGCGACAAACCCGCCGCAUCUGGCGCCGCGAAUCCCGCCGCAGUUCCCGCUAAACCGCCUCUGCUGCUCCUGCACGGGUUCGGCGCGUCGUCGCUAAACCACUGGAUCAAUCAGCUCCCCGCGUUUUCCCGCCAUUUCGACCUCUAUAUUCCCGACCUCCUGUUCUUCCGCGGCUCGUUCUCCCGCAGCUCGCGGCGCGACGAGCGCUUCCAGGCGGAGGCGAUGAUGGCGCUGAUGGACCAGCUGCGCAUCGAACGGUGCGCGGUAGUGGGCGUGAGUUACGGCGGGAUUAUCGCUCACAAAAUGGCCACACUGUUUCCCGCACGAGUGACCAAGCUUGUCCUGGGUGGAGCGGGGCUCGUGCUAACCAAAGGGGAGGUGCAGGGGGUGCUGCGGCAGUGGCAUGCGGACACACCCACGGACCUCUUCCUGCCUGCCGAGCCUCGUGGCUUGCUCCGGCUGAUCAGGCUCGGCAACAACGAGGCGCCGUACCUCCCGGACUGGCUGCUGCAGGACGCCCUAGAGGUGCUGUUUGAGAACCGGGCGGAGAAGGCAGGGCUGCUGGAGGAUUCGCUGAAAGCAGCCGAGGCGAAUGCAGAGGACCCGGGGAGCAUUGCUGUGCCACACAUGGGAACCCUGCUUGUGUGGGGCGGCAGCGACCAGCUCUUCCCUCUCGCCAUCGCGCAUCGCAUGCAGCAACACUUUGGCUCGAGCUGUCGCCUGGAGGUGAUUGAGAAGGGUGCACAUGCCAUUCAGGUACACCAAGCCGCACGGUUCAACAUCGCGGUUCUCUCCUUCCUCUCCGAGGCUGGAUCAGAUUAGAUCGCCAGCAAGCCUGCAGCCCACCUCUCUUCUCUCAAGGCUCAACACCAUCCUCCUCCCCUCUCUCUCCAGAAAUGAUUCGGAUUUAUUCAUCCGCAGCCCACAUGUUCCUAAUUAAGGGCACAACGGUACCGCUUGAAACGCCGCUUCUGUAGGUUAAUCCGCCCCAAGCCAAGUCAACCCACAUCCAAAUACAUACGCCCAUCCCUACCUAACCCUAACCCCACCCCGAUAAUAAGUCAUCCCCAACCUAACUCUACCGAGCUCAGAAGUACACUGUUUUCUCCAGCAGCAGCAGCAGUAGCAGCACAACUAGCAGCAGCAGCGGCAGCACAACUAGCAGCGGCAGCGGCAGCACAACUAGCAGAGGUAGCGACAGCACCAACAGCACCGCCAACAGCAGCACGGGGGGCAGAAAGGCUUGGAGGAGCUCCAAACCACAAUGUGGUUUGCAGCAGUAGGGUGGUGGUUGCAUACAGGUUUACAAACAGUACCGUGAAUGUGUACAAGCCGCUUCCACACCUGCUCACACGUGCUCACGUGCGGUCUUUUGCAGGACACUGAGGACAUUGGCAGUUGAGCACCUAAUUUUCUUCCCCUCCGCUCCACUCCUUCCCUACUCCCCAAUUUUAUCUGCUGAUCUGCGAUUUUGUGUGCUACAUGGCCAUGAGUCAUGACCAGGGUCUCAGAUAUCAGACGAAAUCGGUCUGAUGGUCUGAAAAUCAGACCAGUUUUUUUUCCAUUCAUCUGAUUUUUUUACGGGCUAAAUUAAUUCGCCUAAUCUUCCAGAUAAGCCAUAAGAUUUCGUCUGAAAGUUCAGAGCAGGUGUAGAUUUCGUCUGAGAAUUCAGAUAGCACGUAUUUUUUCGUCUAAGAGUCCCCCCUGUCAGAAACCCAGUCACUAACCACUGAGUUAAAAGGGCUUGUUAAUAGCGGGUCAGUGCGUCCAUAGCCCCCCAGGCUCUGCACCUGUGGCCCUUCCCCGAGGAUCUUCUCAAGGGUAACCUUAGCGGGUCUCUCGACACUCCCCCUCGCUGGGACAGGCGGAGGAAACGAGCGCGUUUGCAGCACUAGCAAUGGGAAUUGAACCCGAGUCACCAACGCUUUGAUACCAUGUUAGAAACCCAGUCACUAACCAUUGAGUUUAAAUGGCUUGUUAAUAACGGGUCAGUGCGCCCAUAGCAGGGCUGACGUUUCAAAAAAUAGCACCCUGAGCUGUCGAAUGUGGAAAAAAAAUUACCCUGAGGGCC